AAUACCAAUACUCAGCCUCAGCAGCUCAAUCAUAACCAACAUGGCCGACACGAGAUAGAGCGUGUCUUCUGAGGAUCAGAUGUUUUACCUACUCAUGUAAUGGAAUAUCUCGUUCCAUAGUUAGCGCCUUGUGGUGCUGACUGGACGUGGAGUAUCUAUUCUUUCCGGAGAGGAGGAGUGUCAUGUCCGAAAACGUUCAAAUAUCGGAACAAACAAAAGUACAAAACCCGGAAGUCGCAAACACAACUUCCGCAAGCCAUGCGGAGGAAAAGCAUGAGCUUUUAGAUAAAUCUGGUGGUAGCGCAACUGGAAGCAAAAAGGGAAGUAAGCAGUACUCAGAUCCAAGCAACCCGAAACGCAGACACGUUUGUCCGGAUUACUUCGGAGUGAAAUCAUAUCUGCAUGAGUUCUAUGACAACCAUGUCUACAAGGAUCCCCAGAUUUACGAGGAAGACGAUGACAUCCGAUUGUUACUGAACCCCUCAGCCAGACGCCGUCGACGGUGCCCACCGAUAUGGUUGAAGGUUUGUAUUUGGUGUGGGGUCAACCUUCUUCUGUUCGGGAUGAUAGGUAUACUCGUAGGCUAUUUCGUGCCACAGAAACCCAUCAUACGGAAACUGAUCCACGGCGAAAAUGUGGCAAUGGUGGAUCACAGAGCUAUAUCAUACAACGCUAUGCUGGACCUGUGCAAGCUGGUGGGGUUGAUACUGUUCUGUACCGGAGGGGUUCUGCUGGCCUCGGCCCUACUUCUACCCAGCAUCCUGGCAAGUCGUUGCUCCUGUGAUGACGAUUGCGAUGACGCCAUUCGAGUGAACCUCGGUGAGGAACCGGGGCCCAAGAGUCCCAUCGAAAUGACGAUCCCGGCCACAUCCAAACUCAAGAAUGUCCAGCCCGCCCCCGGGAAGGUCACAUUCCAUCAACCCCCGGUACAAGAUGACGCCGUACAAGUUAAAGAUUGAAAUAUAUUUUUACGAAACAAGGAUGAAAUGUUUUAAAACUUCAUUAAUGUAAAUGGUGCGAUUGAAUUGAGCUGUUCAAAGUUUGUCAAAAUCUAUCAAAAUAUUCCGAGUUAGCAGUUGGAAUAAAGUGAAGAAAUGUCUAGCAGACGUGACAUAACAUGGAUUGUAUGUAGAACUGAUGGACGUCAGAAUUCUGAAAGGUAUGGUUUCCGAUGUCACAUGCUUUAUGUUAUUCCAUCGUCACCAGAUGUCUAACUAGCGAUGCAUAUUAGUACAGAUUGCAAUUGAA